UAAACUCUGUAUCAUCGCACGAUCUGAUAACUGCUUCAAAAUUUAAAUAUUAGGCUUCCAACUUUUCAUAGUAGACCGUAUUUGUAUGGCGAGCUGGAGAAAAGUGUGCGUAAAGGUGCGUUUUCUAUCUUAUAGCUACAUGCGUAAAAUUGUAAGAACAGCUUUGAACUCUCGGCGUUAUCUCCAUUUACUCCGCCUCUUUAAGUUUGCCCUACAUCUGUCUGCUUUGGGCUCUUUUCGUGAGCGCAGCCAGCUCUGAGCUCUGCCCUGUUAUUUGUAAUAUCACCCCAGCUGCGUAAAAAAAAAAAAGAAAAAAAAAAGAAAAAAAAAAAGAAAAAAAAAAAAAAGCUGAAGCGCACCGAUCGGAAAUGUAGUUCUUCUUGCUCACCAAGCGGUCUCCAGAAAAUGGACCUUAAAUCCGAGCUCCUCAAGUCGAUCUGGUACGCUUUCACAUCGCUGGACGUGGAGAGAUGCGGGAAAGUGUCCAAAUCUCAGCUAAAGGUCCUUUCCCACAACCUGUACACAGUUCUGAACAUCCCACACGACCCGGUUGCCCUGGAGGAACACUUCCAGGAUGAUGACGAUGGUCCGGUUUCUAACCAUGGCUACAUGCCCUACCUCAACAAAUAUAUACUGGACAAGGUGAAAGAGGGGAUGUUUGACAAAGAAAGAUUUGACGACUUGUGCUGGAUGAUGACCAUGAAGAAGAACUUCAACUUGACAUCGCAGAGGCUGCUGCUGUCAGAGCGGGACUGCUUUAAGCUCUUCUGUUUGUUCAACCUGCUGUCUGAGGACAGCUACCCACUGGUGAUGAUCACAGAGGAGGUAGAAUAUCUCCUGAAGAAAAUCUGCACAGCUAUGAGCCAGGAGUGGGACGGGAAGCCCUUAGAGGACCUUAUAAGUCGGGACCCCACAGUGCAGGAAGAGGGCAUGUCGGUGUGGACGUUCCUGGAGCAGAUGAGUACGGGUCAGCUGCUGAGGGUCACCAGCGCCGAGGCCUUCAGCUUGGCUUUGCACGAAGUCUUCCUGGAGAUGUAUCACAAUGUCCUCAAGAGGGGUUACAUGUGGAAAAAGGGACACAUGCGCAGGAACUGGACGGAGCGCUGGUUCGUGCUCAGGUCCGCCUCCAUGGCCUACUACGUCAGCGAGGACUUAAAAGACAAGCGAGGGGAAAUCCAGCUGGACAGGAGCUGCGUUGUAGAGCCUGUUCCAGACAGGGAGGGGAAACGCUGCCUGCUCUGUGUGAAAACCCACAACAAAACCUACGAGAUGAGCGCUUCUGACCAGAGGCAGAAGGUGGAGUGGACUCAAGCUAUUCAAACAGCCAUCCGUCUUCAGCGUGAGGGCAAAUCCUCCCUCCACCAGGAGCUGAAGCUGAAGCGGCGCGUCCAGCGGGAACACAGCAACCGGGAGCGCAGCCGCAGCACCCGCAGCAGCUGCAGCAGCCGCAGCAGCCAAUCGGAUGACUCCAACUUCCAAGAGAUGGAGCGGAUGGAGAAGGAGAAGCAGGAUUUGGAGAUUGAGAGCAUCAUUCAGCAUGCGCGAGAGUUGGAGAUCCGCAGAAGGGAGUCGGAGGAGAGGGAGAGAAGGAAGCAGAGGGAGGUGCAGAUGGAUCUGGAGAGACAGCUGAAGGAGGCUGAAAUGAUGAGGGACAGCAUGCAGGCUGAGAUCCAGGAGAAGGAAAGGAAGGCUGAGCAGCAGAAGAGACGGAUCCAGGAGCUGGAGCUGACGCAGCAGAAGCUGGAAGCAGCUCUCAACAUGGAGAUCCAGGCUCGGCUGGAGGAGGAGAGGGCCCGACAGGAGCUGGAGAGGUUUCCCUUGGUGUUCUUACAUCACGUUAUAAUCGUGUUUGCAGAAAUGUGCAUUUUGUCCUUUCCUUUUCUCAGGUUGCUGGAGGCUGAAGAGGAGAAGAAGAGGCAGUUUCAGCUCCUCCAGGAACAGGAGAAGAUCUUACAGCACCUUAGCUCCACAUGCGAAGCCUCAAACGGGUCAGUGGACGAGACCACGCUGUCCGCCCUCUACUCGGCCUCCGUGGAGCUCCGAAAUUUGCAGGCAUCUCGUAAGAGGAGCCAUCAGCACCUUGAGGAGAUGCAGGAGAGGCUGAGAAAUGCCAGUCAGCACGUUCGCCACUGGAACGUCCAGCUGAACCGCCUGAUGACGCCGAUCACUCCUGCAGAGCGUUUGGAAAGUCGUCUUCAGUCAAAAUAUACUUGUCCCAAAAAAGAAGGAGCGCUGGCCAGCAACGAGUUCAUCUGUAAAUAUAAGAUAAGGAACGAACAGAACAACAGGAUAAGUGGAGAUGAAUCAGAUAAACUGGAGGUGCAGCUGGACGCCGACUGCCUCCCAGAGGAAUCAGGAUGUUAAGAGUUUUAAUCACAUUUCAACUGUAAUUUUUCUUAAAGUAGAGCAAUAUUUUUGAAUUACUCAAAAAACACCUACAAUGUAAUAGAAGGUGUACAGAGAGGUUUUUCUUAAAAGCAGCAAGUUGGGAAAUUUCUGUAGACGUACAAAUAAGAGAAGAGGAUGGAGUGCAGAUGAAUCACAGAGAGAACUCCUUGGAAAGAAAGCGAAAUUGUUCUUCCUGCAGAAAGCAUUGAAUCAUAUUUAUUAUAUUUUGAGUGUAAAGAUGGAGAGCAAUGAUGAUCACAUAAGUCCCAAUCUGACUGGCACCGAGAAAUACUAACAGUUUUCUGCAAUAAAUUCUCUGGAGGAUUUGAAAAGGUUUGUCAUGGGUGUCGCUUAAAUUAAAAGUCUGAAUGUAUUGUUACUGGUUUUCUUUUGCUCUUUCUCGAUUGUCGUCUGGUGGACAUUAUGUGAUGCAAAUAUAAAGAUGUUUUACUAUCUUG